AUGGAGAUGCCUCAAGUCUAUCGUCCGGUCCCUCGACGAACCUUCGAGCUCACACCUGCGUCGACCGAUUCAUCUCACCCCCCUUCACCUGCUGAGGCUACAAACCCCGAACUGCUUAACCUCCAGAAGCCUGACCUCCCCCCGAGUCGCACGCGAUCAAUCCUCAACUUGACUUCAUCCACUUUGCUGGGCAUUUACUCUCCUCUCACCUCUGAAGGGACGCGGGAUGAAACUUCCACGCCUUGGGGCACCGGCGCCCAGACACCCAGCAAAAGACCGAGUGUCGACGACUACAACUACCAAGCAACCGGGGUUCCAGUGAGCUGGAACGGAGAGGCCACAAAACCUACACUAAAAGUGAAGAGGAAAGGCUUUCGCGGCUACCUCGUGCCUCUGUUUUUGCAGACCUCACUACUAUUUGGCUGUGGCAUUGGCUAUGGGACUAUCAUCACACAUCUCCACAAGACGCAACGUAUAACGCCCGUGCCGGUACCUGACAUUGACCGGAGCUCCUUGUACUAUCAGGUCUCUUGGGGAAUCUUUGGUAUCCUGCUCGGGAAUGCACUCCCUCUAGUCGAUUCCUUCUGGCAGAGAUCCAUGUCGUCUCAGACCAAGUCGACGAAGAGUUCGACGCUCCAACCAGAAGCUGCCAGUUCUGCCUCGUCCUCAGACAGUGGAAUGGGCCCAUUGUGGUACUCCGCCGUUCGCAGCAUGGGGGUGUUCGUCGGGGUCGCAUUUGCAGUGCGACGGAUUCCCUGGCAAUCGACGCUGCAAGUUGCCUUGACGUUAGCCCUGGCCAACCCUGUGCUGUGGUAUCUUAUCGACCGGUCCUUGCCCGGCUUCGCCUUCUCAGCAGCCGUAAGCACCAUCGGCACUUUGGUUAUGUUGGUGGUGGACCCCAAUUUUGUGCCCGUUCCAGCGAUUCACCAACCGAUGGCGUCUGAAAAGUUUGGUGUCUAUACAUGGUUGGCUAGCAUUCUCUUCUGCACGUGCCUCUGCUUUGGGGCCGUUGGAAGGAGGCUACGAUUGUAA